AUGCUGGGGAAGAAGCCUGUUGUGUUUCUCUUCACUGACGCUCAUGCUGUAGAGGAAGGAUUCUUAGAAUUCAUCAACAAUAUGCUGACAACUGGUGUUGUACCUGCUUUAUUCGAGCCUGAUGAGCGUGACGCUCUUGCCAGUUCUGUGCGCGAUCAAGUGAAGGCUGCCGGAUUAGUGGAAACGAGUGAGAAUUGCUGGAGAUUCUACGUGAAUUUGUGUCGUCAGAACCUCCACGUGAUCUUAGCGAUGUCUCCAUCGGGUAGUACGUUAAGAACCCGAUGUCGUAAUUUCCCUGGCCUUGUGUCAGCUACCGUUAUCGACUGGUUCUUUGCCUGGCCUGAAGAUGCUUUAAGGAAUGUGGCGCAGUAUUUCUUGGCUGAGGAAGCUAUCCCUGAGGAAUCUCGCGAACAAGUGACAAACCACCUUGUCCACGCACAUUUACGAGUUGUUCGUGUUGCUCAUCAGUUCGGUGAAGAAUUACGUCGACAUUACUAUGUGACACCGAAGAAUUACCUUGAUUUCAUAUCGAAUUACCGACUGCAAUUAAAGGAGAACAAGAUGAAGGUUACCGCCAGUAUCGCUCGAUUGAAAGGAGGUCUCACAAAGCUGGUCGAAGCUGCACAGGCUGUUGAUGUGAUGCAGAUCGAAUUAUCCGAGAAGAAAGUGAUUGUGGACGAGAAAACAUUGGCAUGUGAAGCCUUGAUCAAGACGAUCGAAGAGAAGUCGGCCGUGGCUUCCAAGCAGCAGGAAGUGGCUGCAGCUACACAGAUUGAAUGCGAGAAAGCGUCGGUACUCAUAGCUAAAGAAAAGGAAGAAGCAGAUGCCGCGCUGCUGGAGGCUCUUCCAGCUGUAGAAGCUGCUGCAGCGGCGUUGCAAGACCUUUCGAAGGCGGAUUUGACAGAGUUAAAGUCGUUCGCAUCGCCUCCUCCACUUGUGAUGUCAGUGUGUAUGUGCGUGUUGAUCCUGAAGCCAACGGGUCAAGAACUAGAUCUGGACUGGAAAGGAGCCAAAGUCAUGCUGAGUAAUGCCAACCUCAUCACGUUGUUGAAAGAGUAUGAAAAAGACAAAAUAUCUUCGAAAAUGAUCACGAAAAUCAAGACUUUCUUCAAAAAUCCGGAUCUGAAUAUCGAGAACAUGAAGUCUAUCUCAAAGGCAGGCGCUGGUUUGCUUGUGUGGGUUGUGGCUAUUGUCAAGUAUCACGAUGUAGCCAAGAACGUGGAACCCCUUCGACUGAAGGUGAAGACGAUGGAGAAAGAACAAACUAUUAAGGAACAAGAACUAGCAGAUCUCAAGGCUACACUCGCUCGUUUGAAGACAGAGCUGGACAGUCUAUCUACUCAAUUUCAAGAGGCCAAUUCAGAGCUACAAGGACUUAAAGCACAGGCUGAUCAGAUGCAGAAACGACUGCAAGCUGCCAGUAAAUUACUGGCUGGUCUUGGCUCUGAACGUACUCGCUGGACUAAAGAUGUGGACUCUUUAAACCUCCAAAGCGAGCGUCUUAUUGGCGAUUGUCUUCUCACUGCAAGUUUCUUGAGUUACGCCGGUGCGUUCAGCUUCGACUACCGGUCAGACCUCAUCUACCGCGAUUUCUUCCAAGACAUCGAGUCGCGCAAGUUACCGGUAACCUCACCAUUCCGGCUUGAGAGCUCGCUUACAAAUGACGCUACUAUUCAAAAGUGGGUCUCCGAGGGUUUGCCAGCUGAUGAACAUUCGGUGCAGAAUGGUAUCUUGACUACAAAGGCCAGUCGCUUCCCGUUGUGUAUCGAUCCUCAACAACAGGCUGUGAACUGGAUCAAGAAGAAAGAAGAGAAGAACAGUUUGACUGUCAAGACGUUGAGUGAUCCAGAUUUUAUGAAGCAUUUGGAGUUGGCUAUCCAGUUCGGCAACCCGUUCCUGUUCGAAAGUGUGGAUGAAGAGCUAGACCCGAUCUUAGAUCCUGUGUUGGAGAAGAGUACGUUCAUGGAAGGAUCACAAAGACUCAUCAAACUUGGAGACAAAAAUGUGGAAUGGGACUCUAAUUUCCGACUUUAUUUUACGUCGAAGCUUGCAAACCCUCACUACUCGCCAGAAGUUAUGGGUAAAACUAUGAUCGUGAACUACAGCGUGACACAAGAUGGUCUCGCUAACCAGUUGCUCAAUGUCGUCGUGGCUCAUGAGCGUCCGGAUUUGGAAGAACAAUACAGAGAUCUAGUCACUGAGAUGUCGGAAAGUACACAGCUUAUUGUGGAGCUUGAGGACACUUUGUUACGUGAGUUGUCCAGUAGUUCGGGUAAUAUUCUGGAUAACGAGGAGCUCAUUGCUACACUGGAUGAGACCAAGAAUAAAGCUACCGAAAUUAGCGCCAAGUUAGAGUUAGCGAGCUUCACCAAGGACGAGAUCACUAAAGCUCGUGAGGUGUAUACACCAGUAGCGCUGCGUGGAUCCAUCAUGUACUUCGCUAUGGCUGCGCUCGCGACGAUCAUGAAGAUAAAGAGAAAACGAGUCAUGUGGCUCUCAGGACUGGGUAUCCCAGAGUCGUAUCUCACUGCGUUGGUACAAGCUACUUGUCGAGCCAAGAACUGGCCACUGGACAAGUCGACGCUGUAUACUAGAGUGACGAGUUAUACAAAUGACUCGCAACUACCAGCGCUUGACGGCAUGAAAGACGACGCCGGGUGCUACGUCAAGGGGCUUUUCCUCGAAGGUGCGUCUUGGGAUCUCGAGCGUGGGUGUCUUGCACCACAAAAGCCCAAGCAACUCGUGGAAGAGCUACCUAUUCUGCAGGUCAUCCCCAUUGAGGCCAGUCGCCUCAAGCUGCAAAACACUUUCCGCACACCAGUGUACGUCACUCAAUCACGCCGAAAUGCCAUGGGCGUUGGCCUUGUAUUUGAAGCAGACCUGUACUCGACGGAGCACGCUUCACACUGGGUGUUGCAAGGGGUUGCACUAGCGCUUAACACAGACUACUAGCUUGAGGUAUAUCAACAACAGCCUAAAGGUGAAGGAAGCUGUUUCAUAUGCUCAA